UGGGGAAUAUGAAUAGUCAACUAAACACGGAAAAAUUUACACAUCAAUGCAUUCAUAUUAUACGAAAAAAUCGAAGCACGUUAAAUUUUUAUGUUCUGUAUUUCAUAGUUAUUAUUAUAAGUUUAAUUCUAUACUACUUGAGUUUUUGAUUAGUUAGUAUGAAUUGGGCAAAAUUUGUAGUUAAUUAUUGUGGACAAGUGAUGAAUUUUGUUGGGCAACAGCUACUGAUUUCGAUAAAUUUUGUUGGGCGGUUGAUACUGAAUCUAGUAAAUUUUGGUGGGAAACUACUAAAUUAUGGGGCGGAGUUGCUAUCGAAGAUGUUAAAUUUUGCUGGGCAACUGAUAUUGAACCUGGUAGAUGUUGUUGGAAAACUGGUACUGAAUCUGGUUGAUCUUGCUGGGGGACUAGUGAAUUUUGUUGCGGAACAGUUACCAAAACUGGUAAAUUUUACUGGAAAACAGGUCUUGUACCUGAUAGAUUAUAGUGGGGAACUGCUGAUGAAGCUGAUAGAUUUUGGUGCGGAAUGGCUAUCGAAACUGGUAAAUUUUGGUGGGCAAUUGAUACUGAACCUGGUAAACUUUUGUUGGGAAUUGGUACUGAAUUUGGUUAAUUUUUCGGGGCGAUUGCUGAUGAAUUUAGUAGAUUUUGGGUGGGAACUGAUAUCGAAGGUGGUAAAUUUUGGUGAACAGUUGCUAUCGAAGCUGUUAAAUAUUUGUUGGCAACUGAUACUGAAUCUGGUAAAUUUAGGCCGGGAACUGGUAAAUUUUGGUGUGGAACUGGUAAUGAAACUCGUAAAUUUUGGUGUACUAGUGUUAAUGUGGCUCAAAAUUUUCAUUUGGCAAGUGCUAUUGACGGUUAUGAAUUUUGGUUGCCAAGUGCUAGUUACGCUGAAAAGAUUCAGCCUGCCAGCAUUAGUUACGCUGGAGAAGUUUUGUGGGCAAACACUCGUGAAUUGGUUUAAAAGGAUCAAUCACUGGUUUCACGUAGCCUUACCCUAUCUCAUAAUUAUCGUGUUGUUUCUAGCUAUCUUCGUGUAUUAUUGCUACUGCGAAAGAAGAUUACUGCUCAAGGAAGAAGAAGCGAGGAAGGUGAAGUUGGAAAAAAAAAGAAAGGCUGAAAGUGAUCGUUUAUCAGAACUCGAGAAGAGAAAGAAGAAGCGUUUGGAGGAAAUGAGAGAAACUAAAAGGAAGGACGUUGAGAGUAUGAAAUUGAAAGAGAAUAUACGAGCCAAAGUUGGAAAGGAACUCAGUAUGCUUGAAACAACAUGCCAUGAUAUGGCUUCAGUGCUGCGCGGAUUGGGAAUCAGUGUUGGUGGUGGCACUAUUCAUGAGGUUCGCGUUGCUUACAAAAAAGCAUUGAUGAAAUUUCACCCGGAUAAAUCUUCAGGUUGUGAUAUACGACAGCAAGUUGAAGCUGAGGAGAAAUUUAAGCUUAUUUCUCGAAUGAAGGACAAAUACUUACCAAAUUUAUGACAGGAAAA